AUGAGGGUACAGGAGCCUUCACUAGACGCUGCCGCGGCUGCGCGGAAUCAUAUCCAGGCCCACGAUGCCGAAAUCGCGGGGCGAGAAGUUAUCACCGAGAAAUCAGAGUCCUCCGCAGUCACAGAAGAGUCCGGGCCCGUCGGGGAUUACUUCAGGUUACGGCAAAAGUUUGUAGCACGCGAGAAAGCUUUGGACUUUGACCAUAAUUGUCGCAUGCGCAGUACGUCUGAGGAAAGACGAGCAGACGCUAUUAUUCAGAAGCUGAGGCGCAAGGACGAUGAGAGUGUCUACGGCCAAGCUGCCCCGAGAACAGGCUACGGUGGCCAGCAACAUCCUCGGUUCGCGGGGGACCACUUCCUCUCUAACAAAGACCUUAUCGAUCAGACGAGUCUAUUCAAGGUGGCACAACGGAUGCCCAAGGGCGGCCAUUUGCACAUUCAUUUCAACGCCUGCCUUGCCCCGCAGGUCUUGCUGAAUCUAGCCAAGGAGAUGAACCGCAUGUUCGUCAGCAGCGAUGUACCCCUCGUCGCGGAUAACAACCACAUAAACUUUGAUCGAUGUGAGAUCCAAUUCUCUCUGUUGAGCCCCGAGAAGGAGACACCGGGCGACCUCUUCUCUUACGGAUAUAAGCCCCGGCAAACCAUGCGAUUUCGAGAUUUUCUCGAUGAAUUCCCAGGCUACUACAAAAAAGAUUCUACAGGUGUUGACGAGUGGUUAUUAGAAAAGCUUAUGUUUGAUGAAGAGGAAGCCCACAACCAUUUGCAGACCGCAUCUGGUGCCUGGGAGAAGUUUAACGGGCGGACGCGUAUGAUGAAGGGUCUCUUCAACUAUGCGACUGCAUAUCGAAGAUAUACCCGUCUAUGUUUGGAGGACUUCAUGAAGGACAACAUCAGCUAUGCUGAAAUCCGACCCAACUUCAUGACCAGCAAUCAGCUGUGGAGUGAUGAUGGGACACAGCUUAUCGAUAAUAAGGGGAUUAUGAAGUUGAUCAUUGAGGAAGUGCAAAACUUCCAAACCGACAUGAAAAAGCAAGGGAGAUUUUUUGGGGGCCUUAAGGUAAUCUACUGCACACCUCGGUCAUUUGAGCCAGCAAAGAUUGAGGCUGCUCUUACAGAGUGCCUGGUCUUCAAGAAGCUAUGGCCAGAAUGGAUUGCUGGGUUUGACCUUGUUGGGGAAGAGUCGAAGGGACGUCCCAUCAGGGACUUUAUCCCUGAACUAUUGAAGUUCCAGGACAAUUGCGCGAACGAUGGUGUGGACAUCCCAUUUCUAUUCCACUGUGGUGAGACACUAGAUAUGGGAACCGAUACUGACGGGAAUCUCGUUGACGCACUCCUCUUGAAGUCAAAGAGAAUCGGACACGGGUUUGCACUUGCCAAGCAUCCUUAUAUAAUGCAACACAUGAAAGAGCGCGGUAUUUGCCUUGAACUCUGUCCUAUCUCCAACGAGAUCCUUGGGCUUACACCACGUGUCAGUGGACAUGCUAUGUAUCAGCUUCUUGCUAACAACGUCCACUGCACAGUGAGCUCAGACAAUGGGACACUAUUCAGGUCCUCUUUAUCUCACGACUUUUACCAGGUCAUGGUUGGCAAGGCUGACAUGGGACUGUUUGGUUGGAAACAGCUCGCUCUAUGGAGUCUCGAACACGCUUGCCUUUCAGACUCUGAGCGACCUGCAGUGGUCCGUGAUUGGGAGCAGAAAUGGGAGCAGUUCGUUGAAUGGGUGGUUGAGGCAUAUGGAUCUGAAGAGAGCCACCUUUAA